AUGGCAGCUUCUUCUCCUUUGAACACAAAAUCCAAUUUCCAUGGCCGCUCAACCAGCUUGCCUUCUAGAGCACACCCACUCAUUCUUAAAUGCAAUGAUCAUUUGGAUACAUUAUUAAAGUCUUCAAAUGAAACAUACUCAUCAUCCUUACUUUUCCAUAAGAUUGAUGGCUUGCGAGAUUUGAUCGAGUGUGUUGAAAAUUUGAUUCAACUUCCACUCACUCAAGAAGCAUUCAUUAAUGAGCAUCAAGAAAAUUGGGUAAAUAACCUCUUGGAUGGAUCCUUAAGGGUUUUGGAUGUGUGUAGCGCAGCGAAAGAUGCAGUCAUUCAUACAAAAGAAUGCACAAGGGAACUUCAAUCCAUCAUAAGAAGAAGAGGAAGCGGAACGGAGGUCACUGCAGAGGCUAAGAAAUUCUUGACAUCUAGAAAGGUUGUGAGAAAGGCCAUCUCCAAAGCCUUGACGAAUUUGAAGGGUAAUACUAAAAACUGCAACGACUUGUCUAGAAACAAAGACCACCAAAAAGAGGCUUUGAUUAAGUUAUUACAAGAUGUUCAAGUAGCUACACUAUCUACAUUUCAAACAAUCUUGCAAUAUAUCUCAGGGACUACACAAUCAAAGUCAAACAGCUGGGGUUCCAUUUCGAAGCUAAUUCGGGCCAAAAGAGUUGCUUGUUCACAAUUGACAGAUGAUAGUGAAUUUGCUAAAGUGGAUGCAGCUUUAGAGUCUUUCCUAUUUACCAAGGCAAGAAAAGUUGAAGGCAUCAAUGAUCUGCAAAACCACUUGGAGAAAACCGAGUCAUGCAUUCAAGACCUUGAACAAGGUCUUGAGUUUCUGUUUAGGCGUCUCAUUAAAAUCAGAGUUUCACUUCUUAAUAUCCUCAACAAUUAG